GUGGCGGCCCCCAAGCCAGCACCUCUGGUCUGGAUUAACGGCUUCCUUGGCAGCGGCAAGCUAACAAUCGCUCGCAGUCUCACAACACUUCUUCCAUCCAUGAUUCUAAUAGACAACCACAAACUCAUCGACCCCGUGGAAGCGCACUUCCCGCAGACCCACCCAGACUACUAGAAAGAACAGCAUUUGUAUCGCCAACGCGUAUUUAGAGAAGUUGUCAGCGACCUGGACAAGCUAUCGCAGGUCGUGGUGUUUACAGAUCUCCAAACAAACAAUGAACUAGAACGCAGCGUCGCCGCAGAAUACCAGAACGCCGCAGUCCAAGCUGAACGACCUUUCCUCCCUAUAUACAUAACCUGCGAUGUUGAUGAAAAUGUUAGAAGGGUUGCGAGUGAUGAGCGUGUGAAUGGCGGGACUGGGAAGCCUACGGAUCCGGAGUUGCUUAGGGAGUUGAGAGAGAGUUGUUUGCUGUUUAGAUUUGAGGGAGGUGAGGGGUUGGAUGUGGAUACGACGGGGAAGGAGCUUUUUUUUUGGGAGGGGGGGAAUACUGCGGUUUAUCAGG